AUGGUGAAGCUUGCUGGGCAGGUGCGUGUGAUGAUAUAUGUUGUUGCUCUCGCUGGUAACGACCAAAGAGAUGCCGAACAGCAGAAGGAAAUCACCUACUUCAAGAACUCUAUGGAGUCUCUGCGGUCCCUAUCCAAGAGUGCUCAUGUUUACGUCCUUCUCCACAAGUUCGACCUCGUGCCGGAGAACGAGCGGGAGGCUCGCUUCAAAUAUUACUCCGAGCUGCUCUCGCCGUAUUUCGCUGGUAUGACCACUCAGAUCUUCCAGACCAGCAUCUGGGACGAGACACUCUAUCGCGCUUGGUCGGAGAUCGCUCAUUCGCUGAUCCCCAACAUGGACGAGCUGCAGAGAGAGCUGGCCAAUUUCGCAAGUGCUGUGGAGGCUGACGAGGUGGUCUUGUUUGAGAAGUCUACCUUCCUGGUCAUUGCCAAUCACACUACGAAGCAGAUGGCCGACCCGCAUCGGUUCGAGAAGAUAUCAAAUAUUGUGAAGCAGUUCAAACUGAGUGUCAACAAGCACCACGCUGCCUUCAACUCUUUGGACGUCUCCAACUCCAACUUUCGGGCCAUUAUUGAUCGCUUUACGCCCAACACGUUCGUCAUGGUGGUCACUUCUGAUCCGAAUAUUCAUCCGGCUGCUACCACUUGCAACAUCAAUGCUGCUCGCAGCCACUUCCUCGCG